UCCCUUUAUUGUGAGCAAAAAGUAACCGUUGUUGCGGCAAAAGUGUUAUUCCACAAGGCAAAUUCAGCGCUUAAUUAAGUGUUGCGCUCAUGCAGCUCUCUGGUGCUAGAGGGGAUAUACAGUACUGGUGGGCUUAUCCAUAUGCACGUCGCACUGUAGUUUAGUUCUUUCCAAACAGCUCUUCCGGCAGUCUCUGGUCUCUCUCUGCUGUAUCCAAUAGCAUGUGAAGCAAAAGAAAGAAAGCUAGAACUUCUCCAACAUGAGGUAAUUUAAUUGAUGAAAAACGCAUGCUGUCUGGCUGCAAAUUUAAACAGACGCGUCAGCAUACCCACGUUUUUUUUCUCUUCAACGUUUUGGGUCCAGCCUCUAUUUGCUUUUAAGGUCCUGCUUGUAGGUCCUGCUUGCAAUUAAAACAUUUGAACAUCCUGACAUUAACAACUUGGACAUUUACAGCUGUGCGUUCAAGGAGGAAGACUGUACACUGUGUACACCACUUUAUUCCAAGGGACUGAGUGAGUGCUCAAUAAAGACUCAUCAAUAUUUUCAUUUUCUUGCUCUUGCGUAAAGGGAAAUUCAAGGCAAGCAUGGAAGUUUGUAAAGGUCGUUUACUUGGUAUCUCAGUCGCUGUUGCUCAUGGAUUUUUCUCGGGAUCGUUGAACAUUUUACUAAAAUUUCUCAUCACGACUUAUAACUUCAACUACCUCACUCUCAUCCAGUGCCUCACCAGCACGCUGGCAGCGAUUACACUGGAGAUACUGAGGAGACUGGGCAAAGUAGACAUACCUCCGUUCAGUCUUCAACUAGCCAAAGUCUUCGGAGGUGUUUGUAUUCUGUCCACAUUACAGUCCACUCUAACACUAUGGUCUCUCAGAGGAUUGAGUCUACCCAUGUAUGUCGUUUUUAAACGGUGUCUACCGUUGGUCACCCUAGGCAUCGGCGUGUGCGUUCUGAAGAACGGUAUCCCGUCAGUGGGGGUCAUAACGGCGGUGCUCAUCACUACUGGAGGAGCAGCUUUAGCUGGAUCUGGUGACGUGACGGGUGACACGUUUGGCUACGUGACGGGCGUCCUGGCUGUGAUCAUCCACGCCUCCUAUCUGGUCUUGAUCCAGAAGACCAGCACAGACAGUGAAUAUGGCCCCCUCACGGCCCAGUACUCCAUCGCCAUCAUGGCCUCCCCAGUUCUCUUAAUCUGCUCCAUUGUCAGCAUGGACUCCAUCAACAUGUGGAGCUACACGGGCUGGAGUAACCCCUUCAUCUCAGGCAUCUUCUCCCUCUGCAUAGUCAUCGGCUGUGCCAUGAACUUCACUACGCUGCAAUGCACCUACAUCAACUCGGCCGUCACCACCAGCUUUGUGGGAGUGGUGAAGAGCAUCGCCACCAUCACAGUGGGCAUGGUAGCCUUCAGCGACGUGGAGCCCACCAGCCUGUUUGUUGCCGGUGUUGUGGUCAACACUGUGGGCUCCAUCACCUACUGCAUCGUCAAGUACUUUGAGACCAGGAGGAAGACCCUCUACCAGGACCUGGAGGAGCAAAGCAAGGACGAGAGUCUGCCUGGACAAACUUACAUUGAGAAGAAGCCUCCCAACGGAGACCUGGAGCCCUUGCCCAAUGGUCACGGAUGGUCCGAUGAAGGAUCGAUUGAACAGGUCCCCACACAGGACCACCUCCUCAAUGAUCAGAGCCUCAGUGACUACCCACUUCCAGACACCAGCAACAGCAUGGAGUCUGUAGAACUCCAGAGAGAGGUCUUUCAUAACGAGAAUCGGGCCAACCAGGCCAACCAGUCUGUGAGUGACAGUUACCUAAGGGUGUGUAGGUCCAUCCGUAACCUGCAGUUCUUGAACAAAGACACCUUAAUAGAUAAUAUGGAGGUGCAGAGCCCUUAAUGGGGAAUCACUCUAAUUUCAAACGGUGCAUGUUUUGUCAGUCUUUUCUGUUUGUAUGUUUUUUCUGUUUAUUUGUAAGACUGGUUGGACAUUGGGCACUGAUUUAAUGUUUAGAGAUCUGUAUUUUUCUCAUGAACAUGCGCUUAUGGAAGCAGCAAAGUAUUUUUGAGAAGAUGGAGUGUUUAUAUGAAUUGGAAAAAAUAUACUGACUAUUUAUAAAAUCAUUUAUGUUAAAAUGUUUUAUAUGGAUUUAUCAGUCAUAUUAAUAACAGGUGAAUAGUUGAUGGUAAAUUGCUAAAACUAGGGGUCAAAGACAUCUGAUACCAUAAUAAUGGAAUACCUCCCAACCACUAUUUUGCUGUAUGGUAAACAAAAUGAAUUGUCUGUGUGACAGUGCAUCGGGUAUGGUUGAUAUGUAUUUACAUGUUAUAAAAAUAUUAAUACCAGUUUUUGUGUGAAUCAUUUUCUUUGCACAAAAUGUUACUGCCUGUCCAGAUUCUGUAUAGUCCAUGAAUUGUGAUAUUUGGCAAGUGAAGAGCAAUAGCAACUU